AUGGCUCCCAACUUUGACGCUUGUGGAGAGCUAUACAAAAAUGCCUCAUCUCUCACACCCAAUCCGUACAUCCAGUUUGCCUACAAUGGCUCCAUCCGAGGAGUGCUCCGAGAGGGCGAUCGCCCUGCUCUAAUCACAUUCGAAGGAUGUCUGGCUCUGUGUGGGCAAGGCUUUCAGCCUUACAAAUGGAUUGAGGCUUCUAGUACUAUCACAACAUGGGUCUUGCCAGUUAUUGGAGGCCUUCUGCUACAGGCUCCAUUCGAAAGCAACAGGUUCUGGAAAACUUUCUUCGCCCUGGUUCGAUGGAUGGGCAGCCCGAUGAGUAGCCUUAGUUACAUCUUAUGGAAUAUCAAGGUUACGGGCAAAUGCGCGUUAAUGGUGGAUAUGGCAGUUCCCUAUGACCACGUGCCUGAAGACCAAGAUUCGGAAUUCUCUCAGAUGAGAGAUGCCUUUUACAUAUUGGCGGUCAUGAACCAAUACGAAAUCAAGUCCCGUAUGCCUGAGAUCGCUGCUGAGAAGCUUCUCCGCGUAGCUCUUUUCAGCAACAGCUUGAAGUUGACUUCGGACGAGGACAAUGUUCAAAAUCUACCGAGGCUGCGCAAAGUGUUAGCCCAUGACCUCCGUCGUGGUCGGAGAAGGGGCACAGUUCCAGUCUUUUUGGCGAUCCUCUGGUUUAUACUUAGUUUAGCAAUAUCGAUAGAAUCCGCGUUUGGUGACCUCGGAGUGAAUGCGACUGCACACAAUCUUGGAUUAGGAUUGAUGCUUUCAUGGAUCCCAGUUUUCAUCAUCGGCAGCAUAAUUGACCGCAAUCCGAUGAGCUCGGACGACACCUGCCUUCGUCUGAAUAAACUGCUUGAUAGGGUUCGGUUGGCUCUCCUCGACACCAAUCUUCGGGAUACCUACACAAGAGACACUGGACGGACAUCAGAUGAUUUUCAGUGGACUCGGGACCUCAACGAUCACGCGUAUUUUUCUGAGUCUUUCUUCUCAGAGUUUGCCGGUCAAGGCCGCUGCCGCUGGCACUACGGCGUUGCCCACCCAAUUCUCGCAGGCAUAGAAAAGGCCUAUGUGGCAGACUACGGACGAGAUUGGAUGCGCGACUCGGAAACCGCUCGAAAUACCAUGGUUGUCGGACCCGAAGAGCUCACUGGACUGAGAUGGUUCGAUUGGCGGGAGAUAUGGCAGAUACUUUCUGCUAUUGCAAUUGUGGUCGGAACAAUCACAGGAGCUAUGGUCAUUUCAUACUGGACCCCAACCGUCGGACUUGGGUGCAGAUCUGGCGGGUAUCUGAUAUUCAUUAUCAUUUCCUUUGCCUCGCUUUUCAUCGAGAUGCUGGUUUGGUGGCUCACACCGACACGAUCAGGAGAAGUGUCGGGGUGGCUCCAAAAAGCAGCCAUAGGUGACCCCCUGGUGAGAUUCGGAAGCAGACUUGAACGGCAGUUGUCUAGAUCGCAAAGCUACUCGUGGCAGACGUCGCUUGGAGAGAAGAUCCAAAAUUGGAUGAGUGACUGGGAAGUCCUUCAGUUUCGAUCCAAACUUGAGAUUCUGGUCUUGAAACCCUUGGAUAUCUUCAACACUAGUUGGCUGAUAUACAUCGUCCUUGCACAGACCUUUGGCUGGUACAGAACCUGCUCUUGUAUGACCAGUACUUGGGCGGCUGGUGGUGGAUACCUCGAUUUCGAAAGCAUUGUAUCCUACAAAGCUCAUGGCAUCUCGCUAUACUGGGGUUCGGGCACAGCACUUUCUCUUAUAUGUCUAACCGCUGGUCUCCUGUUCAUCAUUGCUGAGUGGUGUGCCCAAAGCCAUCUGAGCACCAUGGACUAUGAAGCAGCGAGUCGAGGCUUAUUAAGGACUAGGUGGUGGAAGUACCAUACAGUUUGGCUGCGAAGGCUGCCCAAUGUUAUUAUCGACAGUGCUGUUGUUGGUCAGAAGCACAUCCACCACUGCGGCAGCAAUACCAACCCCAGCCCCUCUUCUCCCACCCAAAGGAGGAUGGGUAUUGCAGGAACGAGCUCGGAUCCGAUCCAUUGUUAUGCCGCGGUUAGGGCGGUGGAGGCGUGGCGGUGGGAACAGAUAACUCAUGAAGAUGCUAGGAUGCCGGAGGACGAUUAUGAUGAUGAGCUUGAAGGGUUUCUUCGCGGACAAUCAGGAGUUUGUGGUGAACGAUGA